AUUUAAAAUAAUACACAUUCUUAUUAUUUCAUUGCAUUCUUUUAAAAUUAUUUAUUUUAAUGUAUAACUCUUUUUAUAAAUAAAAUUAAUCUAAAAGAAGUGAAGUGUCCGAUGUAUUUAGUUAUAAAUAAAGUGAAAAUUAACCCUGUCCAUAAUAAAUUUAAAUCAACAUUUACAUAUGAUGUCUAACCGUCAUAGAAGAACUCGAAUUUAUGGAGCUAAUUAUGACAUCGGAGAAAGUUAUUACAAAAAACAACUUAAUGAUUUAGACAACAAAUCUAUAAGUAACAGGAAUAUUAACACAGCUGUUGGCAUUGAUACCCUUAACGACAGUAAAACAAGUCCAAAAGUCAGUUUUUUGUGUUCUGAUUUGGAAUAUAAUGAUAAAGCUCUUAGACUACCACGGGUAAAUACUAAAUUUUCUGAGGAUGAGGAUGAGGACUAUAAAACCUUUCCAAAACUGCUUUCAGAACAUAAACAUUUUAGUGAUUACGAUUUUAACUGCUUUGAAAAUAAUCUAUGCCUUAUAUAUGCGAUAAAUGUUUACGAAAUGUGAAACCACGAAAUUCUUAGUAAUA